GAACAAUAAGAGCAACUUUCCCUGCUAGAAUUACUUGCGUGUGGAGCAACCAGUUUUCCCUUUAGCAAGUUGUGGAGCUAGGGUUACGUUAAUACACUUCUGCUUUCUUGCAGGGUUUUAUGCAAGAAGCAGGGCUUCACAGAAAGCCAAGACUCAUUGCAGAAAUGUUCUUUACGCAGGGGCUGCGUUUGGAACGUGUGCAAAGAAAAUGUCCCACUGGCCAAAUGUGACUUUUGAUUGUGGUAUUUGAGAGCUGGGGAGCACCUUCAAAACCAGGCCUUCAUGUGGCGCAAACGCCAAGAUUGUGACUUCUUGGCACAGUUGAAUUUGACCUUUAAAAAAAAGAGAAAGACAUUAAGAACUGGGAAAGCUGAUGAAAACAGAGUGAGCAGCUGUGUAAAUAGUAGUAAAAGAAGGGAAAGCCAGCCUGCAGCCAUGGCUAUUCUGUUUGCGGUGGUAGCCAGGGGCUCCACCAUCCUGGCCAAACAUGCUUGGUGUGGAGGGAACUUCCUGGAGGUGACAGAGCAGAUCCUGGCCAAGAUACCAUCAGAGAACAACAAACUUACCUAUUCUCAUGGAAAUUACCUGUUCCACUAUAUCUGCCAAGACCGAAUUAUAUACCUCUGCAUCACUGAUGAUGACUUUGAGCGCUCCCGAGCAUUCACAUUCCUGAAUGAAAUCAAGAAGCGGUUUCAGACCACCUAUGGUUCUCGUGCACAGACAGCCCUGCCAUACGCCAUGAACAGCGAGUUUUCUAGUGUUCUGGCUGCACAACUGAAAUACCACUCUGAGAACAAGGGUUCUGACCAGGUGGCAGAGACACAAGCCCAAGUGGAUGAGCUCAAGGGGAUCAUGGUCCGCAAUAUAGAUCUCGUGGCCCAAAGGGGAGAGAAGCUGGAGUUACUGAUAGACAAAACUGAAAAUCUUGUGGAUUCGCAGGAAUCUGGCUCGAGCAAUGUGUAUGAAGAACCUCAAGCUCACCAUCAUUAUUGCCAUAGUAUCAAUUGUCAUACUCUACAUCAUUGUGUCAGCGGCUUGCGGGGGCCUCUCAUGGCCAAGCUGUGUACAGAAGUAGCUGUCAGAACCAGUCUACUGCACAUGUGUAAGAACAACCUUCAUAAAACAAACUCGGACCUCCUUCCUCUUCAUCCUUUCAGGACACUUGACUUUUUUGCCUUAUCACCCCAAAGGGCCUGGGUGGGAUCCCAGGCCAGCAGCCUCUAGGGAGGAGACAUUGUUUUGUUUUAAACCUACUUGAAGGGACGUUUGUCUUUAACUUCAAAGCUGCCCAAGGGGAAAGGAAGGCAUUGGCUGUGGUCUAAAUAAAGUUCUGUAGUAUCAUGCUUUGCACUUUACUGUCCUGAAGCCCUGCUGGAGCAGGUGGAGAGCUGACUGUCACCAUGUUAGCCCUUAGGGUAAUGUGGGUUGGGGACCAUUGAAGCCGAUGGAUUCCUCGUCAUGUAUGCUUCCCCUGAUGCAUGUGACCAGCUCUUCCCAUAAUUGCUUUCCCAGCAGUGCCUUUCCUAAACUCAUGUCAGUCUGUGACUUUGGCCUUGGAAGAUCUUUAGGCACAUUGGUGGGUUCUAACUUGUGAACUGGGUGAUUAGCAAAGGUGUUCAUGUUGCUUUCAUGUAUUUGCUCUUUGUAGUUUGUGUGCUUUCCUCCUGCCUGGUUUGGAAUGUUCUUUCUUUGUAAUAGGUGCUCAGCUCUGAUUCACCUCCAGGGGGAGAAUGGAGACCCAAACAUCUACUCCAGUGAGCAAAAUCCUGCACCAGUCUGAGCACUUUACCAGUCUUGUGCAAUUGUCUAGCUGAUUGUAAAAGUGGUAAGAUAAUGGUGCCUAAGCUCCAAGAAACAAAGUUAGGUGUCAAGACUGGACAUGUUGGGAUCCUUAGCUGCUGGUGGAUCUGUGGCAUGUGGGAGAGGUAUUUAUAAAGUUUAAAGUAGGCAAUCUCCAGGGAAGUUGCUCACCAAAUGAUGUUUGAGAAGACAACGCUACCAUGUAUUCCCCUAAUUGCUUGGAUGGCUGCAGAACAGUACCCUGCUGACAGUGCUAGAAGAACAGAUGUGAUGGAUGUUAUGCCUUCAAAAAAAUGUCAUGCACACUGUAGAUUGUAUGCACUUGGAAGUGCUUUGGGGCAAUUUCUGACUGGGGAUCUAUCUUGUUUCCUUGGGACCUUGAACUAAAAGGGCUACAGCUUGAAUGGAUGAUGCACAAGGAAAGAUGACAUCUUGUUUUGAAAGUCAUUUACACCGAUAGCAAACAGAAGUGUUCUCUGGAGUGCUUGAUGCUUAUUCUGGAAGAAUUUAAGUGUUUGUCUGUGAAUGAGCAUAUUGGAAAUAAUAGUAGUUAUGACUGAAUGUGCUGGCCACAGCGUAGCUGUAAAGUGCUACUGAAGUACCAAGAUGACACUUCCUAGUGCUGCUCUUCCAUUAACCGGUUUUGUUUUUCUGUAAAUUUCUUGCAUUCUACGCAGACCGUUUCCAACAUCCAAACCCAGACAGGCACUACUAUAGGCCCUGCUCUCUCCCUUCACUGUGCUGCAGAGGUUGGAACCUUAAGGAUGGCCAUGGUUGCUAAGGUCUGAUACAGACCCCUUUUGAGAAGGGCUUUUCCGCUCCUGUUUUCUCCCCUUUCCUCAAAAUAUUUUUCCAGGCACAAGUCAGUGUUUUAACUGUGCAUGUUUUAGAAGUUGUUAGUGGCCGUUGUUGAUUUUCUAUGAUUGCCUUUAUGUAUACUUAAGAGAAACUGCUUCUUCCUGUUUUAAAAAUGCACUGAUGCAUUAUUGUGAAAUAAAGUUAAUCUGUUUGACUAA